AUGUCCGCUCAGGAGGGUACCAAUCCCAAAGCCUCCCAUAAUCGGGUCUCUGUCUUUCCUAGGUCCGACGCCCGUUUGAAGCGGCCUCUAGCAGAACCUGAAUCGACAGUCCAAGGAACCAAACAGGGUGCACUUAAACUUCAGAAGCAGCGUCAGGGGGCUUUCACUGCACUGUCAAAGACAGCUUGCAACCCUUGGGGUCGAUAUCGAAAGAGCUUCAAGAUAAACCAAGCAGGACGCGGAUGGGUUGUUCAUGCGAACAACAACACAUUCUCGGAGGCUAUUAUUAAAGAGGUGAAAACCACCAAAUCAGAGCUAUCAAGAGUGAUCACAAGCCCCCAUAAAAACUUUGUUGAACUACAAGAGGCAAUAUAUUACGAGGGCGCCAUAUUUCUGGUCUAUGAGAUCAUGGAUGUUUCCUUAGGUCAAAUUUUCAGCUCACCCCUUGGUCGCCUUCAGCUUUUUGAAGUGGCGGCCUUUUCACGGGAGAUUUUGGCAGGCCUCGAGCAUAUUCACAAACGUCUGAAGAUAACCCAUGGAGAUAUAUCAUCGAGCUCUAUUCUUCUGUCAGUAACGGGUGCCGUCAAGAUAGGUAUGCUGUCAUGA